GGGUGGAGUUAAGUUGACCUGACCGAAUGAAUUGCGUAGCUGAAAGUGCGUGGACUCGUCGCCGUGGGAAAUAUUUACAAGUGGACGUAACGCUGAAGGAAUCAAUCGAGACAUUUUAAAAUAUCUAAUAUGAGGUCUACUUUAACGCAGAAUAUGUUUUUGUCUUGCGACAGCAGCCUGUAACGCCGUUACGAGCGACUCUAGCCAAUAUUAACAUUUACAUAAUCGUACUCAUUUAGCCUAUACACGUCGGACUCUGUAUCGACUAACUUACAGCUGAAGAGCGCGCGCAUUGAUAUUUUCCAUUAUUCACGGCUCAGCUCGAUUUGCUUUAAACACGAGUGGCGAAAUAUAAAGAAUGUACAGCUUUGUUGAUUAUUUUGGAUAAUUCAGAAAAACAAGUUAUACAACAGGGCAGUGUACUUUGCGUUGCCGUCCGGGUCCUAAAGCCGGUCGCGUAUUCACCUUUUUGGCGGGUCACCCAGCGCGUGCCCAAAUGGUUCAACUGUGGCCGUGUUCAAAAUCAUUAAAUGCGAUGAUGGAAAGUGUCUUGUUAGAGCAAGGAUAAUUUUUUCGUCCCGAACCAGCCAGUGUGAUUUAUGCAUAUAGAGUGAAUUUAUUUAUUAUCAGAAUACAUUUUCGCAUUUUAAGGCAAAUUUGGAGUGUGUAGAAGAGCAACGCAAAGGAAGUCGAUAUCCAAGCAUCCCCAGUGUACUUAAAAGUAUAAAGGACUUGAGUGGAGUAAUGGUGGUAAAUACGGUCCACUGGUUCAGGAAGGGCUUGCGGCUCCACGAAAAUCCUUCACUCAGAGACUCCAUUGAGGGAGCGCACACUGUCCGCUGUGUGUACAUCCUCGACCCCUGGUUCGCAGGGUCUUCUAACGUUGGGAUCAGCCGGUGGAGGUUUUUAUUGCAGUGUUUGGAAGACUUGGAUGCCAGCCUCCGCAAACUUAAUUCUCGUCUCUUUGUUAUCCGCGGCCAACCCACUGAUGUCUUCCCAAGGCUGUUUAAGGAGUGGAACAUUACUCGCCUGUCCUACGAGUAUGACUCUGAGCCGUUUGGGAAGGAACGAGAUGCAGCCAUUAGGAAGCUGGCCAAUGAGGCGGGUGUGGAGGUGAUAGUACGCAUCUCCCACACUCUCUAUGAUCUGGACAAGAUCAUAGAGCUGAAUGGAGGUCAGUCUCCUCUCACGUACAAGCGCUUCCAGACACUCAUCAGCAGAAUGGAAGCGGUGGAGACACCUGCAGAAACCAUCACAGCAGAGGUCAUGGGGUCGUGCACCACACCAAUCUCUGAUGACCAUGAUGAGAAAUUUGGGGUUCCUUCUCUGGAAGAGCUUGGAUUUGACACAGAGGGUCUGUCCUCGGCCGUGUGGCCGGGUGGAGAAACAGAGGCCCUCACUCGCCUAGAAAGACACCUGGAAAGGAAGGCUUGGGUGGCCAACUUUGAGCGUCCAAGAAUGAAUGCCAAUUCCCUGCUGGCCAGCCCAACUGGCCUCAGCCCAUAUUUAAGAUUCGGCUGCCUCUCCUGUCGACUCUUCUAUUUCAAACUCACAGACCUUUACAGGAAGGUCAAAAAGAACAGCUCACCUCCUCUGUCCCUUUACGGCCAGCUACUUUGGCGUGAAUUUUUUUACACAGCUGCCACAAACAACCCGCGCUUUGACAAGAUGGAGGGCAACCCUAUUUGCGUGCAGAUCCCAUGGGACAAGAACCCAGAAGCUUUGGCCAAGUGGGCCGAGGGCAGGACUGGUUUUCCCUGGAUUGAUGCCAUCAUGACCCAGCUGAGGCAGGAAGGCUGGAUCCACCACCUGGCCCGGCAUGCGGUUGCUUGUUUCCUCACCCGUGGAGACAUGUGGAUCAGCUGGGAGGAAGGCAUGAAGGUCUUUGAGGAACUGUUGCUGGAUGCAGACUGGAGCGUGAAUGCUGGAAGCUGGAUGUGGCUCUCCUGCAGCUCCUUCUUCCAGCAGUUCUUCCACUGCUACUGUCCCAUGGGCUUCGGGCGCCGCACUGACCCCAACGGAGACUACAUACGGCGGUAUUUACCUGUCUUAAGGGGAUUCCCUGCCAAGUAUAUCUACGACCCAUGGAAUGCCCCCGAAAGUGUCCAGAAAGCAUCUAAAUGCAUCAUUGGUGUACACUAUCCAAAGCCCAUGGUGCAUCAUGCUGAGGCAAGCCGUCUCAACAUAGAGCGCAUGAAACAGAUCUACCAGCAACUUUCCUGCUACCGGGGCCUGGGUCUGCUGGCAACUGUGCCAUCCAACCCAAAUGGAAAUGGAGAGAACUCAAUCAACUUAAUGGGAUUCCAAACAGGAGAUAUGAGCAAGGAAGUCACAGCAUCUUCAGGCUAUCAGAUGCUACCCACAUCUCAAGGAGAAUGGCAGGGGAGGACUAUGGUUUAUUCGCAAGGAGACAACCAACCGCGAAGCAGCACACAAUUUCAAGGUUUUGCCGCCAACAGUAAUGGCAUGAUGUUCUACAGGCAAGACAUGCAGCAAACACAUGGUCCUGCUGUACAGCAAGGGCAAAGGCUGCACAGCAGUACACUCCAGACGUCUGGAAAACGACACAAUGAGGAGUCUGGUCCUACCACAGGGUCAAAACUUCAGAGACAGAGCUCUUAAAUAACAGAAAUGUCAGAGGUCCACGCACAGUGGCAGCCACCACCACUUGAGAACUGAAUUAUCGAGUUGUUACGUUUUGCGAUUUUCCAGAAGAAACCAAAAUCCUAUUCAAGGGAGUGCAUGAUUCAACACAUGGCACUUCUAAAUGAUCAGAUUGCACAUAAAUACAGGGACUUCACCCAAGCGGUCACCAACAUCCUGACAACUUUGGAAUUACGUUGCGGCUCUGUGGUGUACACUGCUGCAAUGUUCUGUCAACGUUGAGUUCAUGUUCGGACUGUUUGCGACUAAAUUUUUGUGUAUAUAAGGAUCCGACGAAUACUCACAUACAAAAUGUGCAUAUUUAAUAUUGUAUGUGCUUUCUCUAUUUCAUGUAGCCAUAGACCCAUUGAUAUAUUUUUGAUAUAAAGAAUUGUUGUGGAUCAAUUUUACUCUCUUAUCUUUAUGAAAAACAAAAAAUCGAAGCAUUUGUAGACUGUCCAUGCAGUACACUGCUAAGGCUCUCAUUGGACUGCUUGUUUGCACUUUAUUUUUAUGUCUACUUUGCUCUCUAGCACAGCCGAGUGUGAUGUCUAUGUCUUCAUUUGCUCUUUACAGACUAGCAUCUGUCUUAUACACAUUCUGUGUUAUUUCUAUGUGGUCUUCUCACUAACCCCAUUUUUCUCUAAUGCAUUUGGGUGUCCUGUUAGCAGAUCAUUACUGUAUACUGUAUAUAAAAUUCACCACGUUUCUCAUCCUCAAGUUGUGCUUGUUUAAUAAAGUGUAAAUGUACA